AUGGAGGAAGUGGAACAGGUAAGGUUAUUGAACUUAAGUAGGAAUUGCAUUGAAAGAAUUGAAAAUGUCGGCCAAAUGACGUCAUUAGUCUACUUGGAUCUCUAUGACAAUCAGAUCGAAUUCAUCGAGAAUUUAAACGGGCUUCAUUCUUUGAAAGUACUCAUGCUUGGGAAGAAUAAGAUAAAAAGGAUAGAGAACUUAGAAAGCUUACAUAGCUUGGACGUAUUAGACUUGCAUAACAACCAGAUAAGGCAGAUAGAAAAUUUGUUUGAGAACCGAGAACUUCGCGUGUUAAAUCUAUCAGGAAACUUGCUAUGCUCGGUUGAUAAUGUUAGACACCUGUCGUCUUUAGUGGAGUUGAAUCUGAGGAGGAACUAUAUAAGAAAUAUUAGGGAAUUAGAUGCGCUGCCUAACUUGCAAAAGCUAUACCUCAACUACAACGAAAUAUCGAGAUUGGAGGACAUGGACUGUUUACUGAGGUGUUCUCAACUAUUUGAACUGACCUUGGAUCACAAUCCUCUCUACAAAGCCAAAGUUAACGUUAAAAUCCAAAUAAUCACAUCUCUCACUAACUUGCUCUGGUUUGAAUCCAAGAAAAUAACGGAUGACGUAAGAAGGCAGGCCGCGUCUUAUUUAAAAAAGGAUAAAGAAAAAAGGGAAGAAAACUUAAAGAUGGCUGCCUUCAUAGAGAAGAGGAUCAUAACGAUUUCAAACGCGCGAAAACAAUGGGAGACAGGACGGAAGCAGAAGACCUCCAUCACCAUGCCGAAUCUUUUUGUAUCUCGAGACGACACUUCCGACCCCGAAACGGAAGUCAACAGACUGUUGAUUAAAAGUGAACGAGGUAUGGAUGAUACCUCAGAAAAAACCUCGCCCAUCCCUGAUUCUCUGGCGGAACUCGAGGGUGACACACUCAAAUUAUUUGGGCUAGGGUCGUUGGGGGCGUUCGAUAAAAAUUGGGGGGUCCAGGCAGCCGGAUGUGCAUACGCGGUUCAUUUUUCGUUCAUAGACUUCGAUGAAAUCGCAAAAGUUCUACCGAAAAUGAGGAUAAGAUUUCCAAAUAUUUGCAAUCUAACCUUCACGUCAACAAACAUCACAACCCUGAGCCAACUCAACGCCCUGGCGAAAGUAAAAAGACUCGAAAGUUUGAGCGUUGAGUCGGAAUCGAACCCGGUAACGUCGAUAUUGUCCUGGAAGGAGUACGCUAUUUUUAGACUGGGGUUUUUAGGACUGAAGAAGAUUAAUGGAGAAAUUCUGACACCUAGCGAUCAUAAAUCGUCGGAGAAUCAUUUCGGCGUCCUAUCGUUGCACCUAUCAAGAUGUCUUCCCUCGUAUAAAUUGAUUGCUCUAUUUAAUGAUAAGUUGGUUGGUUGGUUGGUUGGUUGGCUAGUUGGUUGGUGGGUUGGUCGGUCGGUCGGUCGGUCGGUUGGUUGGUUGGUUAGUUGGUUGGUUGGUUAG